UACAUACUCUACUGUUUGCUGAGUAUUUUGCGAGGUUUGACCAGUUAUCUUCGUCUAGAAUUAGAUAUUGAAACCAGGACUUGUUUAAUUGAACAGCUCAAUUUUUCAUUAUAGAUUAAACCACGUUUUUUUUCAUUGAGUCAUGGCUGAUCGCAUUGAUAGACUUAAAGAUGAUGUGGAUGAUAGAGUUAAGGGUGACGCGUAUGAUAGACUGAAGAGUGAUAGAUUGAGGGAUGAUGGGGAAAAUAGACCCAAGGGUGACGGUGAGGUUAAAUCGGCACAUUUGUUUGUAUUGGUUCAUGGGUUAUGGGGUGGUCCAAAUCAUAUGUCAACCAUUGAACGAGCAAUCCUUGAUGGGUUGUCUACAGUUACCGAUGAUAAGAUUGUUACAUUAAAGCCUUCUUCAUUUAGAUUUUGGAAAACUUACGACGGGAUUCAGGUUAAUGCUGAAAGAGUUAUGACUGAUAUUUUAUACGAAAUUGAGACUUUAAAAGAAAAACAAAAUUAUCAUGUUAAUAAAAUUAGUAUCAUCGGAUACUCAUUAGGUGGAUUAAUUUCAAGAUACGUUAUUGGGAAAUUUUAUGAGCUUGGUGUUUUCAGUUAUAUUGAACCAGUUUUUUUCACAACUUUUGCUACUCCCCAUGUUGGAGUGGAAUUUUUAAAUGAUAAUUUUUUCGAUAAAACUGCAAAUGCUCUUGGUCAAUAUUUAUUUGGUAAAUCUGGUAGACAAAUUUUCAUUACUGAUCAUGAACAUCUCUUAGUCAAAAUGGCUGAUCCAAAUUCAAUUUAUUAUCAAGGUUUACUUAAAUUUAAAAAACAUCUUUUAUUAGCAAACGUUAAAAAUGAUCGUACGGUGGCAUUUUUCACCUCUUUUAUAACUGAUUAUGCUCCUUUUGAAGAUUGGAAUAAAAUUAAAAUUGAAUAUUUAUCUAAUUUACCCCAAUCUAGAAUUGGUAAUCAUUAUGUUAAACCAAAAGUUAUUGAUUUAAAACUUUCUAAUUCUUUAGAUGAAAUUUCGGAUGAUGAUUUUAAAGGUAAUAUGCAAGAAGCUACUUCUAUUUUAAGAUCAAAUAAAGUUUUCAAAUUUCUUAUAAUUAUUGUUGGUGCUUUAUUCUUAAUUCCAAUUUGGAUUCCUUUGGUUUUAAUUAGUAGUUUAAUUGCUUCAAUUUAUAGUAUGGUUAAAAUUCGUAUUUUAAAUCAUCCGAAUAUUAAAAAACAUUGGCAAAGAGUUUUAAAUUCUGUUUAUCAAGGUGGCCCAAUUGACGAAGAUGAUUUUAAAGCUGGUCAAGCUAGACGUGAUCAACGUGAUCGAUUAUCUCAACAUGAAUCUUUUAAAGGUGAUACUUCAGAACUUACUGAAAACACUAUGGAAAAUAUCUUAUACGCAGAAGAAAGAUUUACUGGUAAACUUUCUGAUGUUAAUCCUGAUGAUGAUGAUUUUGACAGAGGUCGUGAUUAUGAAAGUUCAGAAGGUUCUGGUAAUGAACUGAAUGAUUCAACUCCAAAACCAACCGCAAUCUCUACUUCAAUUAAUACUUCUAAGCCUACUGAGAAAAUUAUUGAUAUUAAUAAAGAUUUAAAUGAUAAACUUGCUGCUACUCACUUAUCUCAUUUGAAAAAUAUCAAUUACAAUGAGUACCCGCUUUUCAACAAAGAUACUAAAGUAAAUUUACUGGAUAAUAAGAAAUUCAUCAUUGAAAAUUUAAAUAAAAUUGAUUGGAUAAAACUACCCGUUUAUCAAGAUUCCUUUAAUGCUCAUGAUGGUAUAGUUGCAAGAAGAGGCGAAAGAACUUCUCCAAAAGGCACCACCACAAUCUAUUUUUGGAUUUCCUUUUUAAGAAUAUUCACCAAAUCAGAUAAAGAAUCUACCAAGUAGGUUUUUAUUCAUUUCUUACCUGUCUUCAUUACAUUUUUUUUCUCUGUUUGUUUGUCCUUUCAAAUUUUGUUUUUUCUUUGUUGUUUUUUUG